AAUUAAUGUAUAAUAAUUUAAAUAAAACAUCUAAAAUAGUGUACUUAUUUGCACAAAACUACCUAGGAAGGGCAUAUUUCAAAAAAAUCGCAUUGUUUUAUUUAUUAAAUAAAAGUUGAAUGUUUACAUUUUGAAUACUGCCGGAACUCACUCUUCUUCUUCCCCGGUUUGUUGACAGUGUGACGUUCACGAUAAAUAAACGUUUUUGCAGAAUGUUUGAGAAUAAAAGCGAUAAGCUGCUGCUCGAAAUUGAGGAAGACGAUGCUGCUCCCGAGGAUCAGCACCCCCGCUGCGAGCAUGGACCCACGGUUUUGUUCUACCGACAAUCCCAACUUCCCGGGCAGGGAUAUUAUGCAUGUUCAGCCCAUCGCGACUCAAAACUCUGCAAUUAUCACCUGCCAGCGGAUCAAUGGAAGGGACAGACCUCCAGGAUGGCAAUCACCAAAAGAGACUAUCCCUUGACAUGCACAAAAUCAGAUAAUCCCGCCAUUUGUGAUCCCACACUAAGCCUUACAGCACUUUCCCAGGACAAAGUCAAUGCCCAAUACUUUUUUGAUGAAGCUGCACUCAACUUCUUGGCCAAUCAGUGUGAGCAUAUAGGAGCUAGCAAGGUAAUCUGCAUGGGCGCACCACGUCUACACUUCCAUCUGCGACACAAACUGCAAAGUUUUCUGCUGGAUCUGGAUGAGAGAUUUGCCGAGUAUCUGGGUCCUGAAGAAUUCUGUCUCUACAAUAUGUGCAAUAAUCACUUCUUUUACGAUCGAACGCCCUUUGAACAGUUUCUGGCAGGUACCAGUUCCGAUCAACUUGUGAUAGUAACAGAUCCUCCAUUUGGCUGCCGCACUGAACUGAUUUCGCAUACCCUGCGCAGCCUCAGAAAACUGCAUAAUCAAAUCAACCGAUUGCCAUCCACUCCACUGUCCAUAUUCUGGAUAUAUCCCUAUUAUUCAGCUAACCACAUCAGGCAGGAAAUGCCUGAGCUUGAAAUGUGUGACUACAGGAUCAAUUACACUAAUCAUCUUAGAUAUACCAAUGUGGGCAAGCAGAGUCGGUUUUGUGGAUCACCCGUGCGGCUGUUCACCAACGUGCCACUGCGAUUGCUUCAAUUGCCCCCUGAAGAGGGCUAUAAGUACUGCCAGAAAUGCGAUUGUUACACGGCCAAGGAGAACUUGCACUGCAACCGCUGCGGAAAGUGCCCCUCGGUGAAUGGCCAAACGUACAAGCACUGCGAGUCCUGCGAUGCCUGCGUGAAACCCAACUAUGUGCAUUGCUCCGACUGUAGAAGGUGCACGCAGAAGGAGGGUCAUAACUGCUCCUUCUACCAGACCAACCAACACUGCUGGCUGUGCGGCCAGAAGGGUCAUAUCGAAACCAAGUGCCCAAACUUUCACAAGAGAAAGACGAACUAUACCAAAGGCUGCCUUCUGUGCGGCAAACGAAAUCACAGGGAAAAGCGAUGCUCGUACCGGACAAAGUACUUCAGGGAACAGUGCUUUAUGAACGAAACAACAAUUCAGUGUCUUUAAGAUACACACAAAUAUAUACGUACAAAGUUAAAUACAAAUGGCAUUUCUUUAUAUACUGAGGGGCACUUUGGACUAUAUGCAUUGUAGUUCAUAAGAACAUCACUCCAUGGAUGAAACCUUCACUCCCAUCCAUAAACACCAGGCCACACAUUUGUUUAAUACAAAAUUUAUUUGUUCUUAACACUUUUCGUUGAAUGUCUUACAAGUUCUUGAAUUGCAACGGCUGCGCGCGGAAUUUCUGAUGCACAUGACCACGAUAAAUUGUGGAAUGAAUUCUCAGCCCGCCGGAUGAACGAACGGAUUGGGGGAAAACGAUUAAAUUUUGAAAAUAUGCAUUACGUUUAAACAGGUCUUUAACUUAAGCUUAGGUAUAAUUAAUUUCAUGUGGAAACA